AUGCUACCACCUCCACCGGAGUCCUGUCUCAGCCUAGCUGAGGAAUUGCGUGCGGAACUUACUCUUCCUGUCAAUCCCCCAUUUUACCCUCCAGAGAACUCAGGCUGGAGAAUUUUGGAUUCAGCAAGGAUAUGGAAACCAGAUUGGUCUGAGUAUGAUGCACGGCAACUCCGUAGAAUAAAACAACAACAAGAGUCAGAUAAAGCCAGAAAACGGCGUAAACAAAAUCGCCGAAACAACAAUAAUAAUAAUAACAGAUACUAUGAUAGCCCUAACAAUGGCAGCAGGAACAGAACCAAUUUCAACAAUCGUAGAAAUAACAACAACAACAACAACAACAACAACAACAACAACAGCAACAACAACAACAACAACAACAACAACAACAAUAAUAGGAACAAUCACAACAUCCGUAACAAUAACAACAACGACAACAACAAUAGCAACCGUAAUAACAACAGUAACAACAACCGUAACAAUAACACCAACAACAACAACAAUAACAGUAUCAACAACAACAACAACAACAACAACAACAACAACAACAACAACAACAACAACAACAACAACAACAACAACAACAACAACAACAACAACAACAAGAGCAAUCACAAUAACCGUAACAAUAACAACAACAACCACAGCCACAACAAUAAUCGAAACAACCCCAUCAGUAGCAGAAACAACAUCAAUAACAGAGAGUACGUUGACAAAAGCAACAACGAAGAAGAGGUUGAACAGCGCCAAACCGACAUCGCGCCGUACAAUGACCAAAAUGAUCGGCUGUGGGCGCCGACGUUGUCCAGCAUCCCUCCGUCCAAUAUAAACAUCCCACGGUCCAAAAACGCCGCGUCGGUGAUGGUUUGGUGGACCGUAUCCAGGCGUGAGAAGCUCCCACUGGUAUUUAUCGAGAAAAACGUGAAAAUCAACACCGCGUACUAUAAGACCGAGGUUCUGGGGAGGGUUGUGUCCUCGGCACUUCGGAACCUCUACGGGAAGGAUCAUUACGUCUUUCAACAGGACGGUGCAUCGGGCCACGCGGCGAAUAUAGUUCACGCGUGGUGUCGGGAGAAGUUGACUGAUUUUCUCGAUAAUACUUGGACCCUCCCAGCUCUCCGGACCUUAACCCCUGGACUUUUAUGUAUGGUCGUACAUGCUGACCAAGCAGAGCAAACAUAA